GUGCUGCGCGGCUGCAGCCGCGCCGAUGGAGCUGCGGCCCCGCUCGCUGCUCCUGCUGUGGACGCUGGUGGCUGCCCUGGCUCUGCUGGCCCCGCAGGCGCUGGCCCGGCGCGUCUACACCAACACCUGGGCCGUGCUGGUGCCCGCGGGGCCCCUCGAGGCUGACCGGCUUGCCAGGAAACAUGGAUUCCUCAACCUGGGCCCGAUCUUCGGUGACUACUACCACUUCCGACACCACGGCGUGGUGAAGCGCUCGCUCUCGCCCCACCAGCCCUGGCACCRCCGCCUGGCCCGGGAGCCGCAGGUGCAUUGGCUGGAGCAGCAGGUGGCCAAGCGCAGGAGCAAGCGGGACAUCUUCAUGGAGCCCACGGACCCCAAGUUCCCGCAGCAGUGGUACCUGUACAACACAAACCAGCGGGACCUGAACGUGCGGCAGGCCUGGGAGCAGGGCUAUACCGGCAAGGGCAUCGUCGUCUCCAUCCUGGAUGAUGGCAUCGAGAAGAACCACCCCGACCUGGAGGGCAAUUAUGAUCCAGGGGCCAGCUUUGAUGUCAACGACCAGGACCCCGACCCGCAGCCCCGCUACACRCAGAUGAACGACAACCGGCAYGGCACGCGCUGCGCCGGGGAGGUGGCCGCCGUGGCCAACAACGGCAUCUGCGGCGUCGGCGUGGCCUACAACGCGCGCAUCGGAGGCGUGCGCAUGCUGGAUGGGGAGGUGACUGAUGCUGUGGAGGCCCAUUCGCUCGGCCUCAAUCCCAACCACAUCCACAUCUACAGUGCCAGCUGGGGCCCCGAGGAUGACGGGAAGACAGUGGACGGCCCGGCCCGGCUGGCGGAGGAGGCGUUCUUCCGAGGGGUGAGCCAGGGCCGAGGGGGCCUGGGCUCCAUCUUCGUCUGGGCGUCGGGGAACGGGGGCCGCGAGCACGACAGCUGCAACUGCGACGGCUACACCAACAGCAUCUACACGCUGUCCAUCAGCAGCACCACGCAGUACGGCAAUGUGCCCUGGUACAGCGAGGCCUGCUCCUCCACCCUCGCCACCACCUACAGCAGCGGCAACCAGAACGAGAAGCAGAUCGUGACGACCGACCUGAGACAGAAGUGCACCGAGUCGCACACGGGGACGUCGGCCUCGGCCCCGCUGGCUGCUGGCAUCAUCGCUCUCGCCCUGGAGGCCAACAAGAACCUCACGUGGCGGGACAUGCAGCACCUGGUGGUGCAGACCUCCAAGCCAGCGCACCUCAACGCCAACGACUGGGUCACCAACGGUGUUGGACGCAAAGUCAGCCACUCGUAUGGCUACGGGCUGCUGGACGCCGGGGCCAUGGUGACCCUGGCCAAGAACUGGACCUCAGUGGGGCCUCAGAGGAAAUGUGUCAUCGACAUCCUCACGGAGCCCAAGGACAUCGGGAAGCGCCUGGAGGUGCGGCGCAAAGUGGACGCCUGCGUGGGGAAGGCCAACUACAUCAGCCGUCUGGAGCACGCGCAGGCCCGGCUCACGCUGUCCUACAAUCGCCGGGGGGACCUGGCCAUCCACCUGGUCAGCCCCAUGGGCACCCGCUCCACCCUCCUGGCCUCGCGGCCCCACGACUACUCGGCUGACGGCUUCAACGACUGGGCCUUCAUGACGACGCACUCGUGGGACGAGGACCCCGCGGGGGACUGGGUGCUGGAAAUCGAGAACACUAGUGACGCCAACAACUACGGCACCCUGACCAAGUUCACGCUGGUGCUCUACGGCACGGCCACGGAGCCGCCCAGCCUCUCCAACCAGCUGGAGAGCAGUGGCUGCAAGACGCUCACCCCCAGCCAGGCCUGCGUGGUGUGCGAGGAGGGCUACUACCUGCACCAGAAGAGCUGCCUCAAGCGCUGCCCGCCCGGCUUCGCCCCCGGCGUCCAGAGCACCCACUACACCCUGGAGAACAGCGUGGAGCCACUGGCACCCCAGCUCUGCCUGCCCUGCCACCCGUCCUGCGCCACCUGCUCGGGGCCCUCGGCCAACGAGUGCCUCACGUGCCCCGCGCACUCCCACUGGAGCAGCCUCGACUUCUCCUGCUCCCACCAGACGCAGAGCAGCCGCGCGUCACCCGCGCUGGGCCAGGCCGAGGGGCCGCCCGCCWCCUCUCCGCCCGCCAACCUCCCUGUCCUCGUGGCCAGCCUCAGCUGCGUCCUCAUUGUCGUUGUCUUUGGCACUGUCUUCCUGGCGCUGCAGCUGCGCUCGGGCUUCAGCCUGCGGGGCGUCAAGAUCUAYGCCCUGGACAGCGGCAUCAUCUCCUACAAGGGGCUGCCCUCCGACGUGUGGCAGGAGGAGGCCCCCUUCGAGUCGGACGGUGAGGAUUAUGAGGUGCACAGCGAGAGGACUGCCUUCAUCAGAGACCAAAGUGCCCUUUGAUGAGCCCUGUGGCCCCUCCGUCCUGCCCGCCGCUGGGCCCGGUCGGCC